AUGGACCAAACUCUAUAUGUCAUUCUUCUCAUUGCUCUCUGCUCCGUGUCUGAAUGUUUUCAGCGUCAGUAUCACUUUAUAAAUGAGAACAAGACCUGGACUGAAGCUCAGAGAUACUGCAGAGAGAAUUACACCGAUCUGGCCACCGUUGACAACAUGACCGACAUGAACGAGCUGAAGAAGAGUGUGAAUGGUGGAGGUUUUCAGUUUGUCUGGAUUGGGCUGCAGAGGACGGGUCGUGAUGAAUGGCGUUGGUCUUCAGGUGAACCUGCGCUCUAUCUGAACUGGGCUACUGGACAACCAGAAGGCACAGAUGAUUGUGCUAUGAUGUUAAAUGGAGAAUGGCAUGAUUUGCCAUGUAGUGCUGCCCGACAAUUCAUCUGUUACAACACGAACACAGGACUCGUCUUUGUCAAUCAGCUGAAGAGUUGGAGAAACGCUCAGAGUUACUGCAGACAGAAUCACAUUGAUCUGGUCAGUGUGAGAAACCAGAAUGAGAGUGAACAGGUUGAGAAGAUCAUUAGUGAUAAUAAUAAAUCUGGAUCAUAUGUCUGGAUCGGUCUGUUCAGAGUCAGAGACUCAUGGCAGUGGUCAGAUCAGAGUAACUCCUCAUUCAGAUACUGGAACUCUGGUGAACCUAAUAAUGUUGGAGGUCAUGAAGACUGUACAGUGACUGAACCGAACGCUCAGGGACGAUGGAAUGACAUCUCUUGCACCAAACAAUUUCCUUUAGUGUGUCAUGAAGAUAAACUGAUUGUGAUCAGGGAGAAUCUGACGUGGGCUGAAGCGCUGAGAUACUGCAGACAGAAUCAUGUGGAUCUGGUCUCGGUUCAUUCAGAAGAGAUUCAGCAUCGUGUGAUGAACGUGGUUAAACGGGCGUCUACUGCGGCGGUGUGGUUGGGUUUACACAACUACUGCAGCAUGAACAUGUGGCUCUGGCUGAGUGGAGAGAUGGUGUGCUAUCAGAACUGGGCUCCAGGGAACGGGACGACACCGGAAAACUGCAGCCUCGAGAAGAGAAAAGGAGCAGUUCAGUCUGGAGGAGAUCAGCGCUGGAUCAGCCUUCCUGAAUCUCACAAACUCAACUUCAUCUGCAGCAGAAAUUAA